GAAAGCGAUCUUGCUCGAGAAACUCAAAAACAUGCCGCGCCCGCCAUCGCCCUCGAUACCAGAGAAAGAGUUCACGUACGGCGCACUCAAACAAGGGCUGCGCCUCGAUGGGCGGCUCCCACUCGAACUACGCACGCCAACGCUUAGCUUUGGGCCCGACCUCGGCUGGGUUGAGUGUGCGAUGGGCAAGACACGGGUGCUCGCGCAGGUAGAUGGUAAAAUGGUAAAGCCCACACCAGAACGACCGCUUGAGGGUAUCAUCACCAUAAACUCUGAAAUAUCGCCCAUGGCAUCGAGUGAAUACGAGCCAGGUAGGCCAUCAGACGAAGAAGUGACUAUGACGAGGAUGCUGGAUAAGGUCCUUAGGAGAAGUGACGCGGUGGACAAGGAGAGUUUGUGUGUGCAGGCGGGUCAGCGGGUUUGGCACCUCCGACUAACAAUCCAUUGCCUCGCGGACGCAGGAAACCUUCUCGAUUGUGCUUGUCUCGCCGGCAUCGUCGCGCUGAAGCACUACCGGAGACCAGAAGUGGAAGUAGUCGGUGACGAAGUGACAAUACACCACCCCUCCGAGCGCGCGCCCGUCUCACUAUCGCUACACCAUACACCAUACUGUUUCACUUUUGCAUACUUCCCUGACACCUCCACCCAGGCUGUGCUCGACCCGUCGCUCCUCGAACAGCGCCUGUCCGCGGGGGUACUCAGCAUUGCGCUCAACGCGCAGCGCGAGCUCUGUGUCGUCCAAAAGGCGGGUGGCGUGCCGCUCGCGCCAGACGAAGUGCUUCGCAUCGUCGACAUCGCUGUGCAAAAAGCAAAGGAGCUCAAUACACUUGUAGAGAGGAGACUGCAGGAGGACUGGGCAACGAGACAUGUUGAGGUUAGGUAGUGGCACGGUAAGGAUGGCUGUAUGCGCAUAAAAUCCGAGCUGAGCGGUGAAUUUUGAAUACGUGCGUUAUGCUGCGCGGUUAAUUCAUGUCAGUUCGACACUGAACCUGACCAAAAUGUCCCUUGCUCUGACCAACGCCUGACUGCCUCUCAGUUGGUAGAAAACUUUGCGGGAGACAUCGCGACGUUUAUUGUAGAACCAAAUGCAAGAGAAUGACAAGGUCGAAGCUACCGUCUGUUACAAUCAGCUGCUUCAUUCCUGUCAGGAGGCC